AUGAGCGAUGGCAACCCAAUGGGCCCUGCCAGGGUCUUUGGCGCCCCCAUAGACUCUCCCAUAUGCGGAGGUGCCCCUAAGGGACCCACAGAGUCGGCAGCGCCGCAAGGGCCCUCCAAGAGAAAGCUGCGCCCCAAGGGGCCUUACCAGGGGCCUUUUUAUGGGCAAUUCAACCCCAAGGGCGCUGCCAGGAACAGUGGCGCUUUUAGGGGCCCCUCAAGGGUGGCAGCGCUCCCAAUGGCUGUCCCAGGGGAAGCUGCUAUCCCCGGAGCCCUCCCAGGGGCAGCAGCGCUCCCAGCGGACCUCCCAGGGGCGGUGACGCUCCCAGGGGUCCGCCCAGGGACGGCCGCGCCCUAA